AUGAAAGAACCUUUUCUAGUAAGAUUAGUGGUCUUGAACAAUCUCGCUAUUGAAUAUUAGGAGGAGGAAAUGAAAUUACCAUUAAAAAAAAUUAAUUAGAUGUAUACAAUCACAAAAGAGCGAUUUAUUAGAUUUUUAUAGAAAAAGUGUUAAAUAUAGUCAUUAGAUUCUAAAUAAAUAAAUUUUGGUAUUUUCAAAAAUAAUUAUGAUAGAAUUUUUCGACAGAUCUUAAUGUAAAUAUAAAUAAGAAAAAUAAGUAUUUGAUGCUAAUAAUAAUUUUUUCAGUUUUCACCAAGAAUUUUUUGGAAAGCCUGAGACUUUGGAGAUAAAGUUAAUUUUUGAAAUAAAUUAUUGGAACAUAAGAGGAUUGGAUAUUGAUUUAUUAGAAUGUGAAGAGAAAAAUGAAAAAUUGAAUUAGGAGUAAUAGAAAUUAAUGAACGAAUUAGAAAAAUAAAAGUAGUUAUUUCAAGAAAUGAAGGAAGAUUUAAAUGAUAUAUAUGAUUUAGCUAAAGAGCAAAUAAAAAUUAAAAAAAAGAAAGAAGUUGAUAUUGUUGUACUUUAUAGCAGUCCCUUAAUUUAAUUGGAUAAUACUAUAUAAGAAGCAUAAUUUAUAGAUUAUGAGAGUGAAAUAAAGAAUAUAGAAGUAGAAAUUAAAAGUUCAGGCAAAGAAAUAGAUUAUGAGAUUUUAUUAGCUACAAGAGAUAAUUUAGAUGAAGCAAUGAAUUGGAAUCCAUAAAUAUUACAUUUAAUAAUUAAUGGAGAUUAUGAUUUGAAUUCUGGUUAUUAUUUUGAAAUAUAAGAGGGUAGUUUAGUAGAAAAAUUAUCUUUGGAUGGUCUUAUUUAAAUAAUGUCAUAUCAUUAAAGAAAACUAAAACGUUUAAGAUUGAUUUGUAUAAGUUCAAUGAUAGCAAAAGAUAUUAUAUAGGUUCCAUAAGCAAAUGAUAAUAAUCCAUAUUUAAUUGAAAAUAUAUAAAACUUUGCAUCUGUAACAUUUGUAGGAUAAGUAAAACUAUUUAAUAGUGAUGAUAAUUUAGGAAACUAAUUUUGGAAAUAUUUUUAUAAAUAAUUGAUUCAAAAUAAAAAUUUUAAAGAUUCAUAUGAAAAUGCAAAGAAAAAUGUAGAUGAAUUAUUUAAAAAUUGUUUAAAAGAAAAUCCAACAAGUGUUAAAAUAUGUUGUUGCUUUCAUGAACAUGAUUAAGAAUGUUUGAAAGAUCCUAUUAAGAUUGGAUAUACAAGAUCUCAUUCAUCACAUUUAAAAUGUUCAAGAUAAAGAUUUAAUCAUUUUUGUGGGAAAUAAUAUAAAAGUGUAGAAUAAUGUGAUAAAGGUUGUUUAGGAUAAAUUUAUCAUGAUAAUGAAGAUGAAUAAUGUUAAAUUAUUGAACAUAAUUGUAAUAAUUAUGAUUCUAGAUUUGAUGAAAUUUCAAUUAGUCUUAAUCUUAAAAAUAAUCAAACUUUGAGUAGUGAAAUUUUAAGUAUAAAUAUACCAAUUGGUUUAUAAAUAUUAAAUAAAGAAAAAGAAAAAAAUAUAUGUUGUUGUUUUGAAUAUCAUGUAUUUCAAAAUAAACUUAAUGAUAGUUAACAAAUCAGUUAAAAUAAAUAUCAUAUAAAAUAACAUCAUCUCUCACAAAAGUUUAUAAUACGAUUAGCUGAAGGAUAAAAUUAAUUAGAUAUGAGAGAAUUAUUAAGUUUUGAAUAAAAAAAUAAUUACUUAUAAAUUAAUAAAUAAAUCAUCAUUAUUCAUAGUUAGGAUUGCUCUCAAGAUAAUUUUAGUCUUUUAAAAUAGAUAUUAAAAAAAUACUUUGAAGUAAAUCAUAUUUUUAAUAAUAGAAAUAUUCUACAAAUAAAAAUUUGGAUCUUAUAACAUUUUCCAAUGAAGAUCAACAUUAAACAAUUUAAGAAUUGAUGCAAAAUAUUAAUUAAUUUUUUGAUAAACAUUUAUCAGAUGAUAAAACAUUUAAAAUUAUAAGUCUUUAAAAGAUUGAUAAUUAUUGUAAAGAUGAAUAAUUCAAAUAAUUUUAUGAAAAUUUACUUGAAAAAUUCUAAUCUAAAGAAAAUCUAAUAAUUAUAUUUGAAGUUAGUUAUAACAAUAUAAUAUAUCUAAAAUAAUCUAGUCUAGAAGACUUUUUUCAAUUAAUUAAUUAUGAUGAAAUCAAAGCAUAGCUAAUAAAAUAAAAAUGUGAAAAAUUAUGA